CCUCAGCCGCUGCUCUGUCAUCGCGCGCGCGUCUGUGUAUAUGUGUGUGUGUGUGUUUUCUCUCCACGCAGUGAGCAGGUCAGUCAGUCAGAGACAUGUCUGUGGCAGGACUGAAGAAACAGUUCCACAAAGCGACGCAGAAAGUGAGUGAGAAGGUUGGGGGAGCAGAAGGCACCAAGCUCGAUGAUGACUUUAAGGAAAUGGAGAAGAAAGUGGAUGCUACCAGCAGAGCAGUGCUGGACAUCAUGACCAAAACUACAGAAUAUCUACAGCCAAACCCAGCCUCCAGAGCAAAGUUAAGUAUGAUAAACACCAUGUCUAAGAUCCGUGGGCAGGAGAAAGGGCCAGGCUACCCUCAGGCUGAGAGCGUGCUUGGAGACGCUAUGCAGAGAUUUGGCCGAGAACUUGGCGAGGACUCCAGCUUCGGUUUGGCUCUGAUAGAUGCGGGUGAGGCGAUGCGUGAGCUUGGAGAGGUGAAGGAUGCUCUGGACAUGGAGGUCAAACAGAACUUUAUUGACCCACUGCAGAAUCUACAUGACAAAGACAUUAAAGAGAUACAGCAUCACCUGAAGAAGAUGGAGGGUCGGCGUCUGGACUUUGACUAUAAGAAGAAGCGUCAGGGCAAAGUGACAGAUGAAGAGAUCAAACAAGCGCUGGAGAAGUUUGAUGAAUCAAAGGAGAUCGCUGAGCAGAGCAUGUUCAACCUUCUGGAAAGCGAUAUAGAGCAGGUGAGCCAGUUGGCUGCACUGGUGAAGGCUCAGCUGGAUUACCACCAACAGGCGACUGACAUCCUCCAGCAGCUCUCUGGCAAGAUGGAGGAGAGGAUAAAGGAGGCCUCCAGUAAGCCGAGGAAAGAAUACAUUCCCAAACCGCGCAUGGAACUUCAGCUGCCCAGUGAAACCCACAAUGGGGGAAUACAUUCCGCUAAAUCACCUGCUCGCUCCCCAGCUCCUCUGGAUCAGCCAUGCUGUCGCGCUCUGUAUGACUUCGAGCCAGAGAACGAGGGUGAGCUGGGCUUUAAGGAAGGUGACAUCAUCACGCUGACCAAUCAGAUUGAUGAUAACUGGUAUGAGGGGAUGAUCCACGGCCAGUCGGGUUUCUUUCCCAUCAACUAUGUCGAUGUCCUGGUUCCUCUGCCUCAUUAGGCUCCGCCACUUGCUAUGCUCCACCCACUUCAUCACCAUUUCUCAUAAUGAUGAUGAUGAUGAUGAUGAUGAAGGGGUUACAGUAAAUUAUUAACACACUCUGAAGUGUUUGUGUGCCCGUGCAGUGUUGCGUUUAGAGGCGGCUCAGGUGUGUGUGCGUGCGUGUGUGUGUGUGUGUGUGCUCUAUUCUUCCACUGUUGCUUGUUUAUUUGUUUAUCUGUUGCUUCUUUAUUUGUUUUGUUUCUUGUUUUGUGUGAAUGUUCCAUUUUUCACACAAUUUAUAUCCCAGUAUUUCACACCUUCUCCAUAUGUUUGAAAUAAGUGAAGAAUAAUAGAUGAAUAUUAAUAAGUGUCUCGUCAUGUUCCUGCUUUAAGGCUCAGGUUCCAACCUUCUUCACUUUCCACUUUCUGGUGUUACGUGAACUUUUCUUUCCAGCUGUAAUUCACGCUGCGGGUUUGUUCAGUAAGCGAGGUUUUUUUUUCGUUCAGAGUCUGAGAUCAUUCCUGAUGAUCGGUUUUCUCAGGAUGGCGUAAGGAAUAAAAUUGACCUGACAUGUCGGAGCAGACACGCCUCCUUUUUAACAACCAAUCACAGGCUGGAUUGUGUAGCGUCUUCAUUCCGUUCUCCAUACGUCGUCUGUUUACUCUGUAACUAUGUUGUGUUGUUGGUGUGAGAAGCUCGCUCAGGCCCUUAGACAUUAUACAGGUUUUCCAUUUGAAGGCGGAGCUUCACUCUGAUUGGUUCCCCCAGACUUCUCUUAUAUCCAAUCAAAACCCUUAAAUCACAGAAGUCGCAGUGUGCGAAAGUGUUUAGGACACGGCCUAUUUAGGGUCUCAUUUCUCCUGAAAUCUUUUGCUUGUAUGUUAUUUUUUGCACUUUAUACACAGUUAGUGUGCCGUAGCUUUAUUUAUUUAUUUAUUUGUUUGUUUGUUUGUGUAUGUACUUAUGUAUUUAUUUGUUUAUGUUUAUUUGACUGUUCUGUAGUUUUAGUUCAUGUGGAAGUGACAUUCCAAUGUAUAUACAAAUGUGUGUGUGUGUGUGUGUGUGUGUGUGUGCGCUUUAUCCUGUGCAGUGUUACACAGAGGAAGUUCUCUGAUUGGUGGAUUUGAUGUUUAUGGAUUUUUAAUUGGGUGUGUAAAGUGAAGCUGUUCCACUACACUGAGGAUUAUCAGUUUUUUCCGCCUUAAAAAGUGAGUGUUCAAUGAGACGGGAUGUUCUUUUUCUCUCGUUUGUGUGUGUGUGUGUGUGUGUGUCUUUAGUGCAUUUAUGACUGAAGUGUGAAUGUUUUGUUUCUCAUCAGCAUGUUGUGUGUGAUUUCUCGGAUUAUCUCAUUGGAGUGAAGCUGCACAUGUCGCUGAAGUCAUUUCAAGUACAAAAGCACAGGAUUGGUUCCCAGCUGCAUGUGGGCGUGUCUCAGUGAUCCUAAUUAACUUGGAGCUAAACAAUGUGCUCAGAAUUAGCAUUAAAUAACAACCAGUGGCUUCUUUUUUCACUGAAUCACGCCCAAAAACAUGAAACUCCGCCCACUUUUAUUAUAUAUGCACAUAAACAAUGUGAUCCACACUGAUCUCAUCCAAUACACAGAGUAAAUGCCACAAUAUAAAGUUUAGCCAUAUCCUUGCUAACUCUGCUGCUGAAUCUCUCCAGCACAUUAGGAUUAAUCAAUAAUUAAUGGCUAAUGAAUCAAUAAUUAAUUCGUUAUUUUAGUAAUUUAUGAAUAAUUAGUGAACAUCUAUUAGUAAUUGAUAUCCAGCAAAUAAUGUAACCAUUACAGCAAUAACUUUCCUGGUGUGAGAUGAUCACACUGCUGAUCCUCUAUCACUACGCCACCUCCCUCGCACGCUGUGUGUGUGUGUGUGUGUGUGUGUCCUGCAGCAUGUUUUCGUGUUGAACAGAACCUGAAGAUGAAUUAAUUGCAAUGUGUGAUGCAUAUAUUUAUCUCCUGUAUGGACCUGACCUAUUGUUUUUAUCUAUGUAUAUAUAUAAAUCUAUAUAUAUGUGUGUGUGUGUGUGUGUGUGUGUGUGUGUGUGUGUGUGUGUAUUUCUCUUUCCUGUGCUGGAUGAACAGAAGCUGUAAAAGCCGUAUUGCUUGAUUUGUGAUCACACAUGUCACACACAUGUAAAAUAAAAUGCAGUGUCACUAAUGAUGA